AUGCGCAUCCCACUCACACCCUCGCCCGCCUUUCUCGCACAACUCGCCGACCCCUCGUCGACUCCCAGCCCCUCCGACCCUCCGCUCAUCUGGAUCGACUCGCAGCCGUUCCUCCUCGAGCUGCAGGGCAUACUCGAGCCGCCAGCCGAUGAGAAAGGGGCUGGUGAGGCGGGAGACGCGGCGGGAGCGAGUAUGGAGGGCGUCAGGGUCGGGAAAGUCGACUUGGCGGAUCCGCCUUCCACCCGCUCGCAGAAGAAACCGGUCCUCCGAAUCGCGCACCACCGCCUCGAAGGCAAAGUCGAGAAACUGCUCACGCCCUACGCCCUCCUCCGCACCACUCGCUCGUCCUCCUCCGCCCCCACCCGCGACGACGACGACGACACCGAUCCGCGCUCAACAAAGCGUCGCAAACUCUGCCCUACUCUUUCCUCUCCCUCCCAGCCCCUCUCCUCCUCCUCCAGCAGCGACCAACCACAAAUAUCCCUCGCCGCGCUAAUAACUCACAAACUAGUCUUCUCGCGCCGCCCCGAGCCCUUGAUCGAUGUCUCGUCCGAAGCGGAUCCUGGGUUCGGAGAGAGGAAGAGGGAGGCGUUGGAGAGUUGGGGCAAGAGGGGGGCUGGAGGGGCGGGGGCGAAGAGGGGAGGUGGAGGGGGAUUGGGUGGGUUCUUUGGGAAAUCGGCGACGGGGACGAAGGGAAAGGAGAAGGAGAAGGCUGGGACGAGUGCGCCGGAGACGGGGAAGGAUGCUGGGGCAGGGUCAGCGUAG